AGCGCGUCUGACCACAGCCAGCCUGGCUUGUCAACACACAGCAACUUCAUUCCCGCGUCCUGCCGAGACCUUCUGGUGAGGUCGGCCCUGCUAUGUCCACGAAGGAGCGUAGUGACUGCUCAGAAAGUCACCCAGGUAUGUGUUUCACUGCUAAUACCAAUGCUAUAGCUCCAUGUCCAUACGUUACCACAGCAAACUGCGAAGAUGCCCUAUCGCAAAGACUGGUCGCCUUGGUUUCGUGGCCAGCUGCACCUCGCACCGAUUCAUUGGUUCGUACAGCAUUAACAAACAUCGGACAAGUCGAACUAUUGCAGAGCCUACCUAUCGCUCUGCUACCUCCCAAAUUACUGCAGUGGGCUGCAUAUGAUAGCAUUGAUCACUCUCUAACAGCCACGGAGCCCAGCCGUGUACUUUCAUCCGCAUAUACCAUUCGCAAAGCGCUCAUUCGGAAACAUUUCCUCGCGAGAUGCAUCCGGUCCUACGUACUCAAGCACCACCAAUCAGUUCUGGCUACAUCCGUUCCGCGGACCUGGGAUAUCGAAUUAUCUUUUGCCCACGAGCUCGAUGAAUUGUGGCACGACGAAUUAUGGGAUCUUGGAGAGGAAUUAGAAACCUCUCCCGGCAGGUGGUACAUCCUCAAGCCAGGUAUGGCAGACGCUGGAAUGGGUAUUCGACUCUUCAGCAGCAAAGAUACCCUGCGUGAAAUAUUCGAAGAAUUCGAAGGUCGCUCUGAUGACGAAGAAGCUGAGAGCGGCGAUACCUCCGUGAUAACAUCUCAACUCAGACACUUCGUCAUCCAGGUAUUCACAAGUCACGUAAACGCAGCAGAACGGUUCAGGGGUCACAAGUUCCACCUCCGGACGUACGUCGUUGCAUCAGGUGCUUUGAGACCAUACGACCUCCCAAGGCGCGGCAACGAUAAAUACCUUCUCCCACAUCUCACUAACACGUCGCUACAAAUUCACCGGGGAGAAGAAGGGGUGCGCCUAUUCGACGAACUGAUAGGUUGUCAUAUCCUCUCCGGAAGCAGAGGGGAUCUCCUCCUAUCCGAAUUAGAUAUUGCCGAUAUUAAAGAGCAGAUGGCAUGGAUACUUGCUGAUGUAUUCAAAGCAGCCGUAGAGCAACCAGUUCACUUCCAGGUUUUACCCAAUGCUUUCGAACUUUACGGGGUGGAUUUCUUAGUAUCUCACGUGCAGAGUGGGUCACAUGGAGCUCAUUUUCAACUCAACAUCUUGGAGGUUAAUGCCGAGCCUGCAAUUGAGCUCACUGGUCGUAGGCUGACUUGGAUACUGGAAGACCUCUUCAAGUCUAUCCAAGUUGUUUGUAUAGCACCAUUUGUGGGCGGAGUAAGUGACCAGCUAAACUCCUGGAAGGUAGGGGAAGUUCGUUAUAAUAUGCAAAAAUGCCUUGAUAUGCAAGUACGUGGUGGAAUGGGGUGGUAAUGGGGAUAAUGACACAGACAAGGUUAAUACAACGUGCUUUUUGAUGCUUUAUUGCUUUCAGAGAAUUUCCUGAUACUUGCUGUAGUCUGUAGAUGA